CGAGUAAGAGAAGACAUGGAAUCCCGAGGGCAGGACAACCAAGUUUCAAAAUUCAGAAGCCCAAUAUCUGGGGACAGAUCCAGUCAAUCAAUUAGGACUAAUUUGGUAGGUGAGGCCAAGAUAUCAUGGGAUGUCAACUCUAACCAUGCAAAGUCCUAUCAUAUUGUCCCCAAAGUAAAGACACCUCUUGAAAAUUGUGCUCGCAGAAGGCAGAUACCUAGCAUGAGUUUUUGGGCGAAUACCUCCAGUGAACACCAAACUCACCCUGAUAAACGCCUGAAGUCUAGAACCAGGCUUGUCCGGAGUCCCAGAUCUCCCCAAUCAUCAAUGUAUCUCACUAUUCUAAAUGAAUUUUUCAAGCCAGAGAGGCUAACAAAAUUGGAGAAUAAGGUAAAACGUCGGACAAUUGAGGCCCUGGAGAAGCUGAGCAAGAAUAUAGAAGAGGCCCGGCGGCAGCAGGAACUGCUGCUGCAAGACAGCAAGGUACUGCAACAGGAGACACUCUACCUGGAGACUGAGAACAACUACUUCCUGAAAUUCCUAAAGAAACGAAAUGAUCUGUGUAAAAAGAAACACGAGGACCUGUGGAAUGAGUAUUUCCAGGAAUGCGGGGAGAUGAGACGUAGGAGACAAGAACUGGCAUUUAUGUUUGCCCGACAAAAUGCAGACCUUCAAAAGCAGCUCUUGCACGGAAAAAGCACCCAGUUCCAGUUGAAGCAGCAGGUUCAGUCACUGCAGCAUAUCAACUCAGUCAAGAAGGGCCAGGAGAUGAGAAUCCAGGCGUUACAGGAGGAGCUGGCGAACAUGAAAGCGCUGACUGCUAAAAAGGACCAAGAGGCAUUCUUGCAGUUCCUGCAGCGAAAGACGCCCCUAGACAGACAGAUGCAGGAACUCAAAUGCCUGCAGGUGGGACAGGGCAGAACCAAGGAAGCGAAGAAUAAGGCCCGGGCCUUGGCAUCAACAGCCAGGAAGGUGAAUUCUGAGAUUUGCUCUAGUGUCUGCAGAGAGAACCAGGAGUUACAGGAGGAAUUGUUGAAGCAAGUCCGGGAGUAUCACAAGCUAGAGUCUCUAAAGAGGCAGUUAGAGAGCUGGAAGGAGAAGCUGAAGGAGGGGCAAUGGUACCAAGAAGCCUUAGUUAGGGGGAGACACCAGCUGAAGGCAGAGAGAGAGAGAAGUCAUAAUUAUGACCCCUUCCCGAAGAACAGGGUGCCCUGA